AUGGUGAAGAAGGGUGGAAGCAAGCUGCUCAAUGCCCUGAAGAACGAGAAGGGCGUCGACGACAAGCUCGAGAACCAGAAGCGCAUGGUGAAGAAGGCCGAGAAGCGCAAGAAGGAAAAGAAGCAGAAGAACGAGGAAGAGGAGAGUGGAGAUGAGGACGUCGGUGGCGUCGCAUUGAACGGUGUCGCGCAGGAGGGCAAGGAAGGCCGGAAGACGGACAAGGCUGUGAAGGCGACCAAGAAGAAGGUGGUAGCGGAGAAGAAACCCGACACCGAGGACUGGAACACGGACGAGGACGAGGACGAGGAAUCCGACGAAGACGACGAGAAGGAGGAUGAAGACUCCAAGCAACAACUCGACCUGUCGAGACUUGCGGACAGCGAGUCCGAGUCGGACGACGAGGAGCUCGAAGAAGCCGAGGAAGACGAAGACAUUGCUCUAUCAGAUCUCGAAUCCGUCGCGUCAGAGGACAAGGAAGACAUCAUCCCGCACCAGCGGCUGACGAUCAACAACACAGCCGCCAUGACGGCCGCCGUGCACCGCAUCGCGUACAAUACGGCGAAGAUGGCCUUCUCGGAACACAUGUCGAUCACGAGCGACAAGCCGACGGAGAUUGCCGACACCAACGACGACCUGAACCGCGAGCUGGCCUUCUACCAGCAGGCGCUGACGGCGGUCAAGGAGGCGCAGACGCAGCUGAAGAAGGAGGGCGCCCCCUUCACGCGGCCCAACGACUACUUCGCCGAGAUGGUCAAGAGCGACGAGCACAUGGGCAAGAUCAAGCAGAAGCUGAUCGACGAGGCGGCCAGCAAAAAGGCCUCCGCCGAGGCGCGUCGCCAGCGCGACCUCAAGAAGUUCGGCAAGGCGGUGCAGGUCGCGAAGCUGCAGGAGCGCGACAAGGCGAAGCGCGAGACCAUGGAGAAGAUCAACCUGCUGAAGCGGAAGCGCCAAGGCGCCGACAUUGGCAACGAAAACGAAGAAGACAUGUUCGACGUAGCGCUGGAAGAUGCCGCCGUGACAGAGCGCGCCGACAAGCAAGCGCGCCGCGAGCGCCACGGCGGCGGCCCCAACGCCAAGCGCGCAAAGAAGGACGCCAAGUACGGCUUCGGCGGCAAGAAGCGCUUCGCCAAGAGCACCGACGCGCAGAGCAGCGCCGACAUGCGCGGCUUCUCGGUCAAGAAGAUGAAGGGCCAGACGGGCGGCGCGUCCAAGCGGCCGGGCAAGGCGAGGCGGAAUGCCGGGAGGAAGUAG